AAAUCAGAAUCUGGGUUUUCUGCUAGGAACAGCCAGGAACAAGAUGGCUGGCUCCAGACGAGGAACGCGUUUUACUUGCAUUACAUAAACAAGACAUUUCCCCAGCCGCGACACUUUAUAACGGUCCAAGUUUAACGGGACGGAAGAACCUGGGCAAAUUAGGAUGGCGCGUUUUGCUUCUGCAGACUUUUAGUUUAUAGCCCGACGUCAAGUUAUAGCCUACCAAACUCUCCGGCCAGGUCUUGGACACUUUUUUUUACUUUCUUCUUUUAACUAUUGAUUUGUUUGAAUUCGUUUUGUGAGUAGGUUAUUGUUGGCAACAAUGUAGCCUUUAGUCUUGAGCAUCUCCGAAAUAAUCGUUUGUCAACAUUUAUAUUUUGGACGUGUUCUCAGAAAGUUUGGACGGUUUUCUGGAUGCGUUUCCUUCAUAAUGCGAGAAAUGCAGGCUACUUUAAUUUUAGGCUAGACUGUCGUCGGGAUUAAAGCCAUCUUAUUUUUGAGGUUGGUCGGUGCCCUAUAAGGACACUUAUCGAUGGCGUCGACUCGAGUGAGAUCACAACAAUCUCAAACUGGCAGGAACCCCGCGGGCACACCUAGCGGCUCCGCGCCGCACAGAUUGGACUCAAAGUUGGAGAUCGAGAUGGAGAAUAUCCAGCAUCAGGACUUGGGAUUGGGAGGAAUCAUUGGUGCGCCGUCUCCGCCUUCGCGGCAAGCCUGGAGUCGGGAUAACCCGGGAUUCGAACCCGAAGAGGAGAUCAUGGAGGCUAACUGGCCGCCAGCGAGUCCGGGUAGGAGAUCUGUUUCUACAGCCUCGAGCAGUAGUUGUAGCAGCGGCGUAGGUAGCUUCACCGGGGUCGGGGGCAGCGGCCACAACCAGCGCGGUGGACUGUACCCCUCAUCCACAGCGGAUACCCAGCGGAAAGACAAGCACGAACACCGGAGCUGUAUGAAACAGAUACUCCAGAAAAUCAGAAUUUUGUGGGGUACAGAUCUGAUGGAAGACAGUGACAGCAGCAGAGAAAGAUACCUGAGAAACUUACUGAGGGAAAUGCUAACCUACUUCAGCUUUCUCAUCAUUACCUGCAUCUUGACCUAUGGGAUGGUGAGCACUAACAUGUACUACUACACCAAAGUUAUGUCUCAGCUCUUCCUCGACACACCGCUGUCUACUGGGAACCAUGCCACCUUUAGAAGUCUGUCCACCAUGGAAGACUUCUGGAAGUUCACAGAGGGGCCUUUCCUGAAUGGCAUGUACUGGGAGGUGUGGUACAACAACAAGAGUCUCCCAGACAACCAGAGUCUCAUCUACUAUGAGAACCUGCUCCUCGGGGUGCCUCGUCUCCGACAGGUGAAGGUGCACAACCAGUCCUGCAUCAUUCACCGGGACCUCCGGAAAGAGGUGCAGGAGUGCUUCAACAUCUACACCCCCAGCAACGAGGACACCAACCCCUUUGGGCCCAAGAACGGAACGGCGUGGAUGCAUACAGAUGAGGGCCGGCUGAAUGGGAGUGGGUACUGGGGCCAGGUGUCUACGUAUGGUGGGGGGGGUUAUUACCAAGACCUUUCCCGCACCAGAGAGGAGUCUGCCCUUCAGCUGGCUCUCCUCAAAGACAACCUCUGGCUGGACCGAGGCACAAGAGCCGUCUUUCUCGACUUCUCUGUCUACAAUGGAAACAUCAACCUCUUCUGUAUUGCCAGGCUUUUGGUAGAAUUCCCUGCCACCGGUGGGGUCGUCACUUCAUGGCAGUUUCAAACAGUGCGUCUGAUCAGAUAUACAUCGAGCUGGGACUACUUUGUCGGGGUUUGUGAGGUGGCGUUCUGCAUCUUCAUCUUGUACUACGUGGUGGAGGAGGUGCUGGAGAUCCACAUCCACCGUCUGCACUACUUCAAGAACCUGUGGAACUGUAUGGAUGUACUUAUGAUCAUGCUGAGUGUGGUUGCUAUCAUAAUGAACAUCACCAGGACGUCCAUGGUGAGCAACCUUCUCGGAGGCCUGAUAGAGAAUCACGACGCUCACCCCAGCUUCAGAUCCUUGGCCGAUCUCCAGGUCCAGUUCAACCACGUGGCGGCUGUGAUCGUCUUCUUCUCCUGGGUCAAGCUCUUCAAGUUCAUCAACGUGAACAAGACCAUGAGCCAGCUGUCCAGCACCAUGUCCCGCUGUGCCAAAGAUCUGGUGGGCUUCGCCAUCAUGUUCUUCAUCAUAUUCCUGGCUUACGCCCAGCUGGCCUACCUGGUGUUCGGCACCCAGGUCAACGACUUCAGCUCUUUCAAGAACAGCAUUUUUACCCAGUUCCGCAUCAUCCUGGGAGACUUUGAGUUCUCUGAGAUAGAGGAGACUAACCCUAUCCUGGGACCAGUCUACUUUACCACCUUCAUCUUUUUCAUCUUCUUCAUCCUUAUGAAUAUGUUCUUGGCCAUCAUCAACGACACAUACUCAGAGGUGAAAGCAGACAUGUCCCAGCAGAGGACGGAGAUGGAGAUGACUGAUCUCAUUAAGAAGGGUUGUAACAAGGCCUUGAUGCGUCUCAGGCUGAAAAAGACAGCUGUGGACGACAUCUCCGAUAGCCUGCGUCAAGCUGGAGGAAAGAUGAACUUCGAUGAGCUCCGACAGGAUCUGAAAGGAAAGGGGCAUACGGAUGCGGAGAUCCAAGCGAUCUUCGCCAAGUAUGAUCAUGACGGGGACCAGCAGUUGACGGAGCACGAGCAUCAGCAAAUGAGAGACGACUUGGAGAAAGAGAGAGAGGACUUGGAUAUUGAACCCAAUUCGCUAGCGAGACCCACUAGUGGGAGGAGCUUCCCCCGGACCCAGGAAGACUCAGAGGAAGACGAUGACGAAGACAGCGGCCACAGCUCUCGUCGCCGUGGGAGCAGCUCGGGGGGAGUGGCCUAUGAAGAGUUUCAAGUGCUGGUGAGACGCGUGGACAGGAUGGAGCACUCCAUCGGCAGCAUCGUGUCCAAGAUCGACGCGGUGAUCGUGAAGCUGGAGGCCAUGGAGCGGGCCAAGACCAAGAGGAAGGAUGUGCUGGGGAAGCUCCUGGACGGGGUCAUGGAGGACGAGAGGAUGGGCCGUGACUCGGAGGUUCACAGGGAGCAGAUGGAGAGGCUGGUCAGGGAGGAGCUGGAGAGAUGGGAGUCCAACGACACGGUCUCCCAGGUGGGCCACCCCCAGACCGUCACCCCCAGGCCCCGCCCGCCCUCAUCGCUCUCGCUCGACGGCACUGAAGCUGCCGCCAACGGGAGCGGCCAUAUUUGAAGACCUGCGGCGACCAUUUUGGACCUGUUUUGGAAUGCGUUUUAGCAAAGAGUCCUAUCCCUCUCUCUCGCUCUUCUUCCCUGAAAUGUCUCUACCAUCGUCAUUGUUCCUGCUCAUCGGAGCAGCCAAAGGGAUUAUCAAAGGUUUAUUCUUGGCUUUUUUUCUUGCAAUCACGUGUAUUUUAUAUAGCCAUAUAAAAGACUUUGACAGUGGGUGAAAUAUUGAGCUGUGAAUGAUGUGUAUUAUGAGGUACGCCCAAAGGACAUAGUCAAAAAUUAUCUUGAUAUUAUUUUUCUUGAGAAAAGCAAAACAAGAUACUUGUUAUAAAAUGCCUAUAAGGUGAAGCCAUUUCAGUAUUAAAUGCAAAAAUGGAAGGCCAGUUGAUGCAAUAUCACAUUUUACUUAAUUUACUUUAAUAGCUUUUAUUUAAAAGAACUGAAUGCCUUAAUUAUUGUUGUAUAUCCAUUGUAACAUUUGACCAAAUGAUUAAGCAUAACCAUUGUAGUAUUAAAUGCAAAUGUAGAACAGUUUAUACAAUUUCCUUAGCCUGCAAGCUUGUGUUAAAUUUUAAGUGUUUAAUUUGCUUUAACAGUCUUUAUUUAAAAAAAGCUGACUUACUUUUUUAUUAUUGAUGUAUACCAAUUGUAAAAUUUGACCAAACGAUAAAGGGAAAUAAGUGUAUUACAUUUGAAUAGUUGAUCAAAUCCUCCAUCCUACAAGCUCAUUUCAGUCAAAACCUAUGCAGUUACGACUUAUUAGAUAAAAUGGCUUAUAUACCAUUUUUAACUUUCCAAAUAUCAAGCGAGGAUUUAAUUAAUUGCUUAUUUUGGUGUCUUAUUGUAUUGUUAAUAGAUUGUGGAACUUUGUCAUAUCUAAUCACAUUGUAUUUGUAUUAUCCACCACUUCAGUUUAUGAUACAUAUUGUAACUUGAAACAAACUUCAAUUUGGAGUGCAUCUAGUGUUCAUAGGAACCCCAUGCUUUUAUUUUGUAAGUGCAGGCCUAAUGGGCCUUAUUAUUGGAGCUUGAUUUGUAUACAUUCCUUUUUCAAAAUAAAGUGUUAUAACAUUCA